GUACUUAGAGGAGAGACGCAUCAUUCGUGCAGUGGUGGAAGCAACAUCUCCUGGUAUCUGUCAGAGCGCACAGCAGGAAGCCUUUCCAUUUGUUUUCUCUGCUCGCUGUUGUGUGACGAAGGUGAUGUGGAUUUACAGGCUCGUUGUUGGACUCGCAGCCGUUUUAUGCUGCGAGGGCAGACGAAAUGCACUGCAGGACUACCAGAAAUCCAGUGGCACCCAACUGGUUGUUGUGUCUCCCGACUCACACCUGACAAAAAGCAGGAAACUGAGCAUAACCAAAUGUGCAAAAACAUGCAGUCGAGGGAAAAGACUCCCAUUCACAUGCAGAGCUUUUCUGUAUGAUCAUAGGAACAGGAAUUGCCAGUGGCUUUCAUUUGACAAAAAUUCACCAGGAGUUCAAACCCAUCAGAAUUUCUACUAUGACCUCUAUCAAAAGAAAGACUACAUAAGGGAAUGCAUUGUGGGGACAGGUCAAAACUACAGGGGUAGGAGGUCAGUGACAGUCAGUGGGACCCCGUGCCAGGCCUGGGCCUCCCCAAUACCUCAUGAGCACAAAUUUAUGUCUAAGAGGUACAGGAAUAAGGACCUCAGAGAAAAUUAUUGCCGUAACCCAGACAACUCCACGGAUGGUCCAUGGUGCUUCACCACUGACCCCAGGCCACACCUCAGACACCAGGAGUGUGGCAUUCCACUAUGUUCGCAGGUUGAAUGUAUUACCUGUAAUGGGGAAGAUUACAGAGGACCGAUGGACUAUACAGAAAGUGGAAAAGAAUGUCAACGUUGGGACCUGAAUGAACCACACAAGCAUACGUACCACCCCAAAAGGUUCCCUGACAAAGGCUUACAUGAUAACUACUGUAGGAACCCUGAUGGACGUCACAGACCCUGGUGCUUUACCACAGACCCAAACACGCCAUGGGAAUACUGCAACAUCAAAGUCUGUGAAACACCACAUAAAAGUCCUGCGUUAGAGACAACCGAGUGUUACGAGGGCAGAGGAGAGGGUUACAGAGGCACAGCAGACACGACACCCAGUGGACUCGCCUGCCAACGCUGGGAUUCUCAGUAUCCCCAUAAUCACACAUUCUUACCUGAAGUCUACCCUUGCAAGGACUUGAGAGAGAACUACUGUCGGAAUCCAGAUGGUCAAGAAUCCCCCUGGUGCUUCACUACAGACCCAAGAGUACGCAGAAUGUUCUGCUCCCAAAUCCCUCAGUGUGGCACCCAGAACACUCUUGUCAGUGACUGCUUCAUGGGCUUUGGAGAAAAUUACCAAGGAGAGCAGUCAAGGACUAGAUCAAACCUGCCCUGUGCUCCCUGGAGAGAUCACAGCAACAGUGGAGAGCGAGGCAUGCUGUUGUCUGGUCUGGAAGGGAGCUACUGCAGAAAUCCUGAUAAGGAUAAACAUGGUCCUUGGUGUUUCACCAACAAUUCUGCCAUUAGAUGGGACUACUGCAACGUAAAACCUUGCAAUGUCUUACAGAACACCAUUCCAGCAGUAUUUGUGGUUGAGCCAACCCCUGUGAGGUGUUUUGUCCAUAAAAGACCCAGGAUUGUGGGUGGGGCUCCGGUUGGAAUAUCAGACGGCAGCUGGAUGGUUAGCAUUCAGAAAGGAUCUGUGCACUGGUGUGGUGGUUCACUUAUACGAGACGAGUGGGUUCUUACUGACAGACAAUGCUUCUCUUCCUGCGUUCCAGAUCUCAGUGAGUACAGGGUGUGGUUGGGACUGUCUGAUCUUCGAGAAGGAUCCCCUGACAGAUCUAAAAGACAAGAAGUCAGAAUAGCUCAAGUGAUAUGUGGUCCCAGCGGAUCGAGCUUAGCCCUCCUGAGGCUCUCAAAACCUGCCCGUCCUGCUGACAAUGUCCACACAAUACAGCUGCCUUUGGCUGGAUGCUCUAUCCCUGAAGGAACGAUGUGUAAAAUGUAUGGAUGGGGAGAGACAAAAGGUACUGGCCAUGAAGAUAUCCUAAAGGCAGUCGAAUUGCCCAUUGUUGGAAAUAAUAGGUGCAGAGAAAUGCAUAGAGGAAACUUCCAUAUCACCGACACCAAGAUCUGUGCAGGAGGAAAAAGGAAUGAAGGAGUAUGUGAGAGGGAUUAUGGAGGCCCGCUUGUGUGUCAGGAUGGAGAUCUCAGAGUUAUUGUUGGCAUUAGUGUCCAUGGCAGAGGCUGUGCUCGAGCUAACCAGCCUGGCAUAUUUGUAAAUGUGCCCUUUUACACUCAGUGGAUUUACAAAGUCUUCCGAUAUUACCCGAACCCUGAGAUCGCUUAGAAACUAGAAUAAAACAAACUACCAGGGAACAUUGCUUCAUUACCUCCAGCCGUGCACUCGGGACAUCUGGUUCCUGUGACUCGGACACCUGCUGGGUCUGCAGCUGAAGAUGAAUGUCUGAGGAAGCAUUUACAGUAUGAUGUCAAAUUCAAAAUCUUUAGCAAAUACCAUACUGAUAGUACUGCGGAAGUCGCUGAUGGUCCAUUGCAAAGAGGAAAAUGUGUUAAAUAUGAAUCUGAGUAGAAGCAGAAACAUAAACAGAGGUGUGAUAAAGUAUGUGAACCCUAAAUCUGUUUCAGUUAUUGGAACAACUAUUAACUUGACAAAGAUAAUCAAAUCAAUACAAAAGAACUAUUUUAAAAUAAUUCAUUUAUUAAAGAAAGAACAUACUCUGACAAACCUGAGCCUUGGUAGAAAGGUUAUUGCUGGCUGUUUUUCUGGUUAAUGUAUGAAUUAACUUUGAUUACCCACAUCUAAAAGUUAAAUUGCACUAGCCACACCAGGUAUGAUUUUUUGGCAGACCUGAAGAAUCAAGAAACAGAUACAGAGAUAUCAUAAAAGACAACCCAACAUCCCCUGACCUAAAGUAAUUCAGGAACUGAUGAGGAAUCAAUAAAACCAUGAUAUAUCUCAGUUAAUGCUCUAAAGUUCCACAAAGUUAUUUUCUUAAAGUUUGGGUUCUCAGCAGACCACAGUAAGGGUAAUUUUUUCACAAUUGCCAAGGUAUUUCUAAAGGUUGACUUUUAAUUGCAGGGGCAAGAAGAUCUAAAUGUCUAUGAGUGCAUAACCAGGUUACCAAAGAACCUAGAACAACACAUAAUUAAUAUAGGCCUCAACACUUGACUCAACUAUAGAAUGGUAAACCUAAAGCAUCAUUGAUGUGUAAGGGUUAAAAAAAAAAGAAAAUCAUUUUGAAAAACACUUAUAUUACCUGGGACUGCAUACCAAAACCAGGACAAUAGAUUUCUGUAGAUAAUAAAAAACAAUCAAUUUUAGCAGAAGGCUCUGAAACAGUGCCAUCCAUUGUUUUGUGCCCUCAGCAUCUAUGUUGUAGAGUGACCUAUGAUGCUAUGUUUUGACCUAAUGAGUGAGGGCACUAUUUAUUUCAGGCCAUGCUAGCGUUUAUGAAUAUUUCCUUAAUAAAUAGAACUGUCUAUUUAAAGUA